CCAUCCCCACCCAAGUUCCCAGGGUGAUGCAGGAGGAGCAGGAGAUGGAGGAAGAGCUGCUCAGCCAGAGACUUCCUGAGCAGCUCAGGGAGCAACUCUACGGGACGUUUGGCACGUGGGUCCAACACGGCAAAGUCUUUGGCAGGGCUCUCCCACCGAUGAGCACCGCAGAGCAGGACCUCAGAGGAGCGGACGCAGCCGUCCCCAGCAACACUCUGGCUGACGACCCUGUCGCUCUGGACCCCAGUCUGGACGCCCCUCAGAAGGAGCAGCCCGACAGCCACAGCCGUUGUGAUCCGUUUGUGAUGGAGAACAGUAGCUCUGGCCCUGUCACUGGAGAUCCCCUUCCUCCAGCAGCUCAUUCAGAGAACGGAGAGUCUAACUCCGUCUCCACAACCGACCCGGUUGUGAUCCAGCGGUCCACCGUUGGAUUCAUUGUGGCCCAGCUGUUCAGAGGCCGGGACGAAAUGUCCUCCCCGUCCCACAUCGACCGGUACCGGGCCUUCCAGAACCUGGUUGUCCGGGAAGUCCACCUCCUGCUGCAGGAGGACGCCACCAUGAACCAGUACAACCCUGGGUUUGAGCGGACCCUGGAGCACCUGAAGGACCCCGUGCAGGAGGAGAAGCUGGGUCUGCAGCUUCGCUGGGUCCUUGAGGAUAGGCUGAAAGAGGCCUUGCCCGGCGUGUGCCUGUCCAGGGACGGGCUCAUGAAGGACCCCCCGAACACCCUGCUGGCCUGCUCCCUGAUCGCCACAGAGGUGCUUGAUCACCUGAAGACCUCUGUGAGCUCUCCUGACUACAACAAUGAGGCAGAGGAGUGUCUUCACGGGGAACAGUUGUUGGCCCCCGCUAAGGACCCCCAGAAUGCCCUGCUGGCCUCUAAUGAACCGGACCCCCAGAAUCCCCCUGAUGACUUCAAGGGAGCAGAGGAGUGUCUCCACGGGGAAGACACAACGUUGGUCACCUCCCCUAAGGAGACUGUGGAGGUGAAGAAGAAAAAGAGGAGGUGGUCUUGGCUUCGCCGGCUCUUCACCUGCAAAAGAAAAUAAGCACGCCACUGCUUGUAUAUAACUUGCAUUUAUUGUUUUUCUUAUUAUUGUUUUAUACCUUGAUUUAUUUUGUACAUUUUUGGAAUGAAUUAUUGUGCUCAAAUAAAUGUUUCCCUGAAUUCUC